GCGGAAGUGGGACGAGCAGCCUGUCAGAGUCGCCGUGUUUGUUCCUCGGGGGUCCUGAAAUCUAGGGAGGUCGUCUUGGCUGCGUUUUCCCUGGCCCUCGAGCGCUUCCCCCCUGGCGGGUGGGAGGGCAGAGACGGAAGUGCGAGAUGAGCACCAUGUUCGCGGACACGCUGCUCAUCGUGUUUAUCUCGGUGUGCACGGCUCUUCUCGCCGAGGGUAUAACCUGGGUCCUGGUUUACCGGACAGACAAGUACAAGAGACUGAAGGCGGAAGUGGAAAAGCAGAGUAAGAAAUUGGAAAAGAAGAAGGAGACAAUAACAGAAUCAGCUGGCCGACAGCAAAAGAAGAAAAUAGAGAGGCAGGAAGAGAAACUGAAGAAUAACAACAGAGACCUGUCAAUGGUUCGAAUGAAAUCCAUGUUUGCGAUUGGCUUUUGCUUUACUGCCCUCAUGGGGAUGUUCAAUUCCAUAUUUGAUGGUAGAGUGGUGGCAAAGCUCCCUUUUACCCCCCUUUCCUACAUCCAAGGACUGUCUCAUAGAAACCUGCUGGGCGAUGACACCACAGACUGUUCCUUCAUCUUCCUCUAUAUUCUCUGCACCAUGUCCAUCCGACAGAACAUCCAGAAGAUUCUUGGCCUUGCCCCUUCGCGAGCUGCCACCAAGCAGGCCGGUGGAUUUCUUGGCCCUCCGCCUCCUUCUGGGAAGUUCUCUUGAAAUCAAGACGAACCCUCGAAUUCCUGUCUUUUUUUUUUUUAGAUCUUCAAAUCAGACUGGCAACUAUUUUGUAGCAAGAGCCACCGGCAGCCUUAGCAUGUGGGCCACUUUCUAGUUUUCAGUUAUUACUAGACUUUUCCGAUAGGAUUCCAAUGAGAAUGGCACCCAACAAACAAACAUGACAGCGCUUUCAGUCACAGGUGAAUUUUUAAAAUAAGUGUGUUGAUUAAAUAAGUUCAAGUGAUGUUUAUGUAAUGAGAAACUAUGUCUUUCUUGUGUUGCCGGCAUGCACGUUUUCUGUGGCACCAGCUCUCAAGAUGGCUGUGUGCCAUGAAAUUGGCUGUCCAUGAGCACUUAGCAGUUCGAUAGAAAAUUUUAGUUUUUCUUCAGUUAGUUAGUGACUCUUAAUCGGAACUACUUGUUUUGCGUGUGUUUUUUUAAGCCAAAUAUAUGAUCCACGAUCAAUAAAGAGGCCAAACUUUUAGCUAUUUCAUCUAUAAGGAGAGAUCUGUUUCGUUUUGCCAUGUUUUUAGAUAUGUUUUUAGUGAUCCGAACAUAAAGACCUAAAAUAAAAGUGCUUAAUGUCAUAUUUUAUCACGUUUGCCUCAUAUGCUCAAGAUACGGAGUUGUCUCUGAUAGGAAUUGGAAAACAUAAGAGGAAAGGAAAGGAGUGACUCACGGGGGUAUAAAAAUGAGUGUCCUCAGCUGUUCCUUUCUUACCCUGUACAGUCGAUUGGAUUUUUAUCAAGGAGCUCUUAGCAGGAUGUAUUACAGAAGAAAUAAAGCUAUCACGUCACAAGAAUGGAAAACCAAGGAGAUGUUAAAGGCUACUGCCACUUCACAAUUAGUUUUUUUUUAAUUACUUGCUCUGAACAUUUUUCAAGACUAGUCAUUUGGACCACACUCUAGAACCUGACCAUCAUUGAAUGCCUCGAGAUGACAUUUCAAGCCCAAGAAGAAGCCUCUCAACAAAAUACACGAUUUGGCUACUUUGCCUACGUGAAGGAUAGAUGGUCCCCUUUCUCGUUUAAAAAAAAAAAAUCAAGCAUUAUUAAUACCUGCAUUAGGCCACUCAGGUUGUGCUCGUAAUAUGCUGAAGUGGUAAGUGUUUUUAAAAUGCAGAUAAGCCUGAAUUUCUUAACAGAUAGCAAUCCAAAAUCUAAGCCAGUGGGAGAUUGGAAAGCAAAUGUGUGGAGGCGCUCACACUUGCUCAGCCUGUGGUCCCUCUUCUCCUGGGACCACAGGUCAUCUCCACUGGGUCAGGGACUUAAAGUGACAGUGGGUUAAUGAGCAUCCAGAAUUCCCUUAGAGCCAAAUCAAAAUCAUUUUGCCACGUACUAGUAUGUAGUAGGGCUUUUUCAGUAUACUUCACAAUUUUGUGUAUUUUAAUUCUGGCCUUCAGUUCAAGUAAAAGUACCAUAUACUUUCUCCUUUUUUUGGAUUGAUUCUGCUUAAGUUACAGUCUUCUAUUUUAAUUUACUUUUUCCUUUGAGGUUUUCAGCUUUUUUGGAAUGGGAAAAAAAAAAUCUCACAAAUGAAGGUUUUUAAAAGUAUAGAAUAAAGAACACCCAGAUACCCAUUA